AUGGCGCAGUCGGCUGAAUUUAUCUUGUUGCUCCUGCGCAACCUACCUGAUAACCGGUAUUCAAUUGGUGCUUAUUCCCGGCGCAGCGCCCACCGAGACGCUCUCACCUUAGAUUGUCCAUUUCCUCCAAGCCGAACACGUCUAAAUUGUCACAAAGCCGCCCCGAUGACCGCCGAACCGAACGCCCCAGGUCAUAACAAACAAUACUAUAAGGAGGAAGAACAACUUCUGAUUGUCCUCAAGCAGCUAGGUGGACUUUCAUGGUCAGAAAUUGCACUCAGAUUCAACGAAAGUGUCCCGGAAGACCGACACAGAACUGCAUCGGCCCUAGAGAAUAAGUGGCGACAGAUACAAAAGACCCACCAGUAA